AUGGUUGACUCUUUUAUUGUAGACGCGUUAGAUGAAAGCUUGGAAGUAGAAGAAGAAGUGGAAACAGAAGCAUCUUCCAUGCAUUAUUGCACUUUUUGUACCUAUUCCAGUAAAUACAAACCAAAUUUGAAAAGACACACCCAAAAUGCCCAUGCUCCAAAUAAUGCAGAAACUAGACAUUUUACAAUGUACUUAUGUGAUCAAUGUGGCAUGGUUUUUAAGACAGCUAGUGGACUAAAUAUUCAUUAUAAGGGCAAACAUACUUCAGAGUUUAGGUUUAAGUGUAAAGUGUGUGACAGAGGCUUUAACACGCUCUGGAACUAUAGAGGGCAUAUAACAACACAUGAGCCAGUGCUUAGACACCGAUGUGAUGUGUGUGACAAGACUUUUGCGUACAAAGAAACAUUGAAACAACAUAUCACAUCCGUUCACACUAAUGAGACAAGUAUCAUCAUAUGUAGCAAAGAAGGAUGCGGAGCUUCAUGCAAUUCACAAAAAUCUUUAAAGGAACAUUUCCUUGCAGUACAUGGUGGAAGAGAACUCAAGUGUGAUUUAUGUGGAAAAUCGUAUAAGUGGAGAUCAAGCUUAAGAUACCACAAAGAACAUGUGCAUUGUUAG